CUCUCUGAAACUCUCAGAUAUCAUCAUGGGGAAGAAGAAGUUCAUCGACAAGAAAAAGGCGGCGACUUUCGAGCUGUUCCCUCGUGAUACCUCAGACCCAUUAUACAGUGACGCUCCGGGAGGCGAUAAGAUAUUCUUACGAGUCGAUCAGAACCCUGUCAGCAUCCACGGUUUCACCGAAGAAGAAGGAGACACCUCAAAGUUCGAUGAUGCCUCUGAAGAAGGAGGAGAAGAUUUAGCUUAUGGGUACUCAAGUUUCGGUGGUUCGAGUAACCCUUUACCUGCUGAUGUAAGGAAGGAGAUUCUCGAGUUGGGUUAUCCUGAUGAUGGGUAUAACUACUUGGACCAUUUGAGAGAGAUUAAGAACACUGGUGGUGGUUCUAAUUUCUAUGCUAACCCUAAGUUUGAGGCUGAUUUCUUGCCUCGUGAUGUCAAGGCUUAUGAUGCUUCUCGUGUUAAGGUCUCUGGUGUGGUGGAUAAAGAUGCUGAUUAUGAUAAGUUGAUGUAUAGUGUUGCGUCCAAGACUGUUAAUGUUAAGGUGCAGAAGGCUAUUGAUCCUGAAGUGGCUGCUUUGCUUGAGGACAGUGAUGGCUCUGAGCUUGGUUCUGAUGUUGGGGAUUUGGAAGAGGAUUUUGUUGUUCAAGCUAAUCUUGCUCAGGAGGGAGAGGGUUCUGGUGUGAGGAGUAACGAGGUGGAGUUUUCUGAAGUGGCGAGAGAUAGACCUGUGGUGGCUGAGAACCACAGAGUUCCUCGUGAGAUUGAUCAGUUGUUUGAUCAGCUUGAACUUAAGGAGUAUGGAAGUGGGAGUGACAAUGAUGGUUACAUGGAUGGAGAUGGAGAAGUAGAUGAGGAAGACUUCACAGCUCGGAGCGUUGGUAAUCUUAUUUAUGAGAAGCCAAAAGAUUAUGAGCUUGAUGAGAAAUAUAUGAACCCUGCGGAUCUAUUGAAGAACAGUGACUCUGUGAAAGAUAAAGAGGAGCUUGAGUACAUCAUCCGCCGGUCUGUGCAAUUAGGUGAGAACUUGGUUAACAGCAAUGAAGAUGAAUUUGUGGAGGUGGUUGAAGAAAGCAGCGACGAAAGCGAGAAGUGGGAUUGUGAAACCAUAGUCACUACGUACUCGAAUCUUGAUAACCACCCUGGUAGAAUCUGUGAUCCAGAAAGAGCUAGGAAGAAGCUGAAUGAAGCAAUAGCUAAAGCAAAGAGUUUGAAUGGUGGUAGAAUCAUUACCCUCCAAGGCAAAGAGAAGCUCCCGGUCGAGUUUUUACCCGGUAGGAAAGCUGAACAAACCAGUGUGAAACCGAAAGCUGAGCCUAUCAAGAGGAAGACUCAUGGAGAAGAGACGAAAGAGGAGAAGAAAGAGAGGAAAGCUGCUGUGAAAACAGAGAAGAGGGAAGCAAGGAAGAUGAAGAAAGAGACAAAGGAGCUUUAUCGGUAUGAAACACAGCGUGCUCAGAAGGCUGUUGCUGUUUCUGGUCCAUCUUCUAUUCCUCUUUGAAAGGUAAAACAAAACGUAUCUCAUAGACCGUUAAGAACCCAGUGUUUUUUAUAUCAUUCCAUGUAAUAUUUUGUGUUUUUGUUGGUUUUUAUCUUGAAUCUCUUUUUGGAUGUGGACAUCUUUUGAUAUUUACUAUUACUAGUCAAGUUUAGAGAAAGUGAUAGAGCAAAAGAUCCAACAUGUGCAGCUUAUAUCAUGUUUUCACUAUUUAGCUGGUGACGUAUAAGAUCAAC